CGACCAGUCGCCGUCGACGAGCAGCGGAUAUCGGUCACCUUCUGAUAAAUUCGAAGACAAUUUCGACGCGCCACUGCAGCGCCUGCCAGAUUCCGACGAGUAUCUUGAAACGUUAGAUUAACUCGUGGAUGAUUACAGAGAAAAAAUUGGCGAAAAUUCGGCGUGACCCCGACGUGGUGAAGCAGCUGUCGGCGAAACGCGAGCAGUGCAUGAUAGAACUGCUUGAGAACACUGAUACCCUUCAAUACAGCACAUUUGAGGAGCCCAUUGACAACAGCCACUCGUUCAUCUACCGGUCGUUCUAUCCCCAAAGGGUUGCGAUCAAACGCGGCGAGAUUAUCGGUCUGGUAAAGAAUGACCAGUUCAACACUUCAGAUAAAGAUGAAUCCGAUUGAUUUGUCGAAGAAAACCGUCGCGCUGGUCACGGGCGCAUCCAGGGGCAUUGGCAGGGAAAUCGCUAUGUUGUUGUCGAAGGCGUUAUGUAAUGGAUCCGUUGUUAUCUUGGUGGCCCGCUCGGAAACCGACCUCCAAAAAACCGAAUCGUUAAUGAAUCAAACCAUCAAAGUCUUACGUUUUGCACUGGAUUUAUCCAAACCGUCACUGGGUGAUUAUGAAAAAGUCCUGCGGGAAGCGGCGCAAUAUUCAGCUGGUAUUGAGAACGCUAUUAUCUUUCACAAUGCUGGAUCUCUUGGCACUGUUGAUCUUCUUUCGACUUUGACUGACGCUGAUCAAUGGCAGACGUUCUGCAAUUUGAACAUAUCUUCCGUGGGUAUUCUCAACCCGGUUUUCAUGAAGACAUUCGCCGCGAUGAAGAAGUACGUGGUUAAUAUCACGUCGUUGAUUGGUUCUGUGCCCUUCAAGUCAGCGGGCAUGUACGGCCUCGGCAAGGCAGCACGCAACUAUUACUUCAAAGUUUUGGCCGUCGAAGAACCAGACUGCGUUGUUUUGAGCUACAGCCCGGGGCCGGUCGACACUGAAAUGUUCCACGUCUGCUCGGAGAAGAUUCAGGACGAGACAGUGCAAGCCAGCUUCAAUAAUCUCAAGACAACUAACACGGUGUUGACCACAGAGCAGACCGUUAGUAAAUUAUUGCGUUUGCUACAAAAGGGCGACUUUUCCAGCGGUGAUAUUGUUGAUUAUUAUGAUUAUGAAUGAACGGAUCUUGCGCUGUUUGUAUAUUUUUGGGUUUAGAGCUGGGUGUUUCGAUUUUUAUAAAUUUUAAAUUAGCCUAAUAAAUUUAUCAUGUACAUGCACAA